UUCCUCUCUUUCUCGCUCUACGAAAGAUCAGAGGUGGAGCACUAAUGGCUUCUGAUACGCGAUAAGGGCCAUUGACCUCUGAAUAGAAUCUCUUUAGUCAAAGCUUGAGCCGAGUAAAAGAUCAGAUUUUUGGGCCGAGUAAAAGAUCAGAUUUUUUUUUCCUCCCACCUUCUUAUGUCUCUUCACCCCGACCAGAAAAGGGGGAAGGAAGAAGCAGAGGGAGCUGAUCAAGAUAUUUCAGACUCAGAGAAGAAAUUCAAGAGGAAGAUCACCUUUCUGUGGGAGAGAACAGCUAGUAUAUCAUCGUCUCAAUUGAACGAAGAACGAUGUGUUGAAGUGAUUUCUAGCAGGCUCUGCUCAUUAAUCUCGGGCUUAAAAAGAUCAUGGAGAACAACACAGUUCCAGCUAUUCGUUUUGUUAGAUGCUUCAAAUGUUUUAAGCUUCUAACAGAGUCUUCAGAAAUUCCUGUUUAUAAAUGUGGUGGAUGCGGCGCCAUAAUUAGAGCUAAAGCACGUUCAAACAGUGCACAAAAUUUGUGCUCUGAGUCUGCCAUUUCUGCUUCCCAGAACUUACCUGACAGUGAUUGUUUAAGCAAUGGAUCGAAAAAUCUCAGAAGAAAAACUCCUGAUUCUGAUGCAACUAAAGUAGUUGAGCAAACUCAUAUUAAUAAUCUCAAUGUUUCUGAAUCGAUCAGUGAAAAUAUAUGUGACGAGAUAUCCUUGGAACACGAACAAACUGAAAUUAAGAAUCUUCCUGUAUCUGAGUUUAAUGGCGAAACUGACGAGGCAAAGAGGGAGGCAUCCAAACUUGAAGGAAGCAGAUUUAGAGAGAGAUUGGAAGCAGGCAAUGAAGAACUGGAAAAAUCUCCUAAUGUGCACCCAGAAAUCUCUGAUAAUCAGAAAUCAAAUGAUAAGUUGGAAGAUUCUUCAGAACCUACGGGGCGUUCUGCCAACUCAGAGGAGGAUUCGCUCAAUAUGGAGUUCAUAAAUGGCGCUCAUUUCAGAAUUACCAGUGGAAGCUCCUCUCAAGCAUAUGAAGGAAGUGUAUCUUCCCCAGAUGAAGAUAGAAAAUAUCGUAUUUUUCAUUUAUCGAGAAGAACCUUUCGAAACAAAAAUGCUUCAAAUUCUACAACUAGCACAAAUGCAGAAGAUAACUCAACAAGGAGAUUUUCUAAUGAUAGAUUCUACUCGGCCACUGAACGUGAACAAAAAUCCAUUUUUACAUCUCAGGAUGUUCGACAAAGCUGGAUCGAUGAGUCUUCGAGUUCUCCGGCAAAAGAUGUUGAAGUUAAGAUCGAUCGAAGAUUCUCUGAACAGGACAAUCAAGUUAACAUUUUGAGUAGAGUGGAUGAACUGAGGAACGAGCUUACAGGAUUGUUCAAUGGAAGAUCAAACAGCAGUGAAUCAUCUCUAUCUGCUGUAAAAAAAUCCCAAUUCCGAGGAAAACUUCCAUCAAAAGAGCAUCGUUCCUCACUCAUUCCUUUCUCCAUACAGCCAAGCUCUUCCUUGUUCCAUAAUUCCAGAGAGAAAUGUUGCCACAAUGAACACUGCAGGCCCUGUCCUCACAAUGUCUGUUGUCAUUUAUCUGAACCUGCAAUUCCACAAAACUUGCAACUCAAGGUUUCGAGGGCGCAAAAUAAGCUUUGCCGUCCUGUGUCAGGCGGCGCCCCUUUCGUCAUCUGCUACAAAUGCUUUAAAUUGCUUCAGCUACCUGUUGAUUUUCUGGUCUCGCCGAAGAGGGUUAACAAGCUUCGAUGCGGCGCUUGCUCUGAAGUACUAAUGUACUUCUUCAAACCCAGAACUCCGUCGAUACCGCAGACCCCCGCAGAGGACCGGCAUCCACCUAGUGAGGAGAACGAUGAACUAAAUGUGGUUGCAGAAAAUGAAAACUUUGCGUCUCGGUAUGAAGAUAUUACUGCCUGGGAUCUGAUUUCUUCUUCAGAGAGUAAUUCGGGUGAGGUCAAGCCUGCAUUGCCUAAAUCAAGGAGUUUUGAUGAGAGAGUAGAUGAAGAAAAAGGUGAAGGUUUUAAUUGCUUAAGGCUACAUAACCUCAUGGGUUAUUCUUCAGCCAGUGAGCUAUUGUUUAACAAUGGCAACUCUCAUGAUGAAUAUCAAAGCACAGAUACGUUGAAAAUUUGUCGGCCUUCCGGGCGAAAAAGAUGGGAGAGGCACUGCAAGAAAGAAGAAGAUGAUUCAUUUUAUAAAUAAGAGAAGUUUGAAGGGCAGGUUUGCAAUUUGCAGUUUCAUAUAUUAUUUGAAAAUUGAGAUUUUUUGACAGUAUAGUUAAUAACUGGUGAAUAUGGUAGUGGCAGAGCUUAGUAAAUUCGUGUGAAAAAUUUGCUUUCAUUCUUCUUUAUGAUUUAAAAAAAAAUGUAUUCUUUCAGAUGUGUACAUAGGGAUUUAUGUAUUGGUAGUGCUUGUUUGUCUUUAUUGUGAAUUUGGACAUGAUUUCUGGUGUUUUAAUUAUGAAAAUCUCAGUA